AUUUUUCCUCCUCUUAUUUUCUGCAUACAACGCACCCUACCGCUUUAUUCAUCUCUCUCCUUCCAGCACAACUCUCUCUCUCUCUCUCUCUCUAUAAGUUUGUUCCUUUGAGAAGGAACCAGCCCUUCAUCGACUUCAAAGGUUUUGGUUGUGCUGGUCAUGUAUCGUUAUUGCAUGCUCGUGUUGAGUUCGACUGAGAGGAAAAUUAUUACCCAAGUUCUGAGAGGUGAUACAACUGCAUCUGCAGGAUUUAUUGGUACGAUCUGCUGCCAGCUGUAGUUUUGUGAGAGCACAGUAUAUGGAGUUGUCAAUGGAUGGCAAACAUACGGACCAGCUUUUGAUACAUUGAUACAUACCAUAUCUGGAGAAUCUUGUGCUCAGGUGAUGAGACGGAACCAUGUAGUUUGGUUUGAAUGUGGAGUUUUCUAGUGCCACUUAUCAUUACCCUUGUGGUGGAUGAUUUGCCCGUGAGUAAGGAAAAACCAUCACUAAGAACUCUGAGGAGCUGAUGUUUGUAGCACUGAUACACAGAGCUUGGUGCCCUAAGAUUUGUGUAGGCUAACUGGGUGGAGUGAGUAGUUGGGGUCUUGUACAUGUCAUACCUGGAUGGGAGGUAGUGGGCUUCUAACUCAUAAUUGGUGGUUGGGGUUUCUUCAGAUUGGCAUAGGUUAUCGGGUGGAUGGCACCCUUGACUCGUGUACCGUUUCUUUUCUGUAUUCCACAUGGAUAAAAUUUUCCAGAUUUGAGAUUAUGAGAAUAUCCUGGUUACUUUUUAGGACAUCAUCUUGCUGAGGAGCCUCUGUGGAGAGAGAGUUUUGCAAAUACUAAUAUCCUUUCUUCGGCGAUCUCCAUGCCUAUCUUUUAGAGUGCAAGUAUACUGACUAUGUGUACUCUAUAGCUUCAAGUGCCAAAUGUCUCAAGAUGCGUAUGAUGUGAAGACAACACCCUUUAAGUCUUCGGACGAAGAUUCUCUUCAUAUUGGGCUGUGGGAUUUUGUAAGUGUAGAAACUUUUUGUAGACAGAGAAGGCUCCAGGUUUAAGCAAUACAUAUAUUUGAUGGUUAUACUAACUUGAUCUUGUGGUUUGACAGUUUGAAGUUUAUAUCUAGUGUUACUUUCUGUUCAGUGACUUAACCUCAUCUUGGUAUUUUACAUGAUAGAAAGGUAUUGUGGGCGGGAAUAUAACUUUGACAAAUUUUGUAUUAUUGAUUUAUGUUUAAUUACUUGAUUACCUAGUUUUAAAAAAUUGUUUAAAACAGCAAUGGUAUAGUAUGUAUUUUUUACAAUCAAUCUACAAAGGCUCUCUUCCAUUUAUUUUACUUUUUUAUCUCAACUUAUUUUAUAAUAUACUAAUUGUAACUUUCAUUCAUAAUAUUUUCAGCUUUCAUCUGGAACAGUUCCAACCUUUAACCUUGAUGAGAGCAUCUCUUUAAAUGUCUUUAGGGCUGAAAGUAUUAAGAACUGUGCCUUUUUUUCCCAGAAUUUGGAGGCGAGGGGCCAUGUGGUAGUGGGUUUUCAGGUCUUAGUUUAUAUAUUCUAAAAUUCUCCUGUUGAUAUUUGGAUAUCAAGAAAUAGUUUAAAAAUCAAUAUAGUGUGUUAUUGAGAUUGUUACAUCUUUACACCUGCUAGGUGAUCUCUAAUCCUGUCAUUCAAAGUCCAAACGCAGGUAAUAUCUUCAAGGAAGGUCCUGAUUCCAUCUUUCACAUCUCACUUUCAGCUAAUUAUUUCUUUACACUUUCCAUUCUUUUUUAUCCCUCAGAAAAAAAUGGCUCUCCCUAUUAUCAUUGGAAAAGCCAUCUUAUUGGAGAGGAAUGCAAGUGUCAAGGGAGUUGGUUGACAGUGAUAUAGGGUGCUAGCCUUUGCGUAAUUAGGCUUCACAGAUCCUCUGCAGCACAAUUGUUUUAAGCAGAACAAAUCAUGACUUUUACUUCAGUAUUGGCCUUGAAUAGAACAGAGAUUGGUGGGUCAAAGGGUGAAACCAUAUUUAUAGGCAGGACUCCUGGUCAAGUAACUAUUUGGUGAUGUUGUGGCAUAUUUUUCGUACUUAGUCAAACUAUUUUGAAAUUUUUUGAUUGGUGUGUGAAGCUGGAACUUGCUGGAAUAAUUUGUUUAAAUAAACUGCAUUUUCCUUUGCCCAUCUCUAGAAGUUAAAUUUAUCUACAUCUGUGUUGGUUGCCCUCUUCAGUUGUUGGAACUUGAUGACCAGUUUUAAUUUCUUUGAAACCUGUCUGGCUUUGGUUUGAGGGUUCUUUUCUUAUCUGGCUUUGGUUCGAUGGUUCUUUUCUUAUCUUGUGAAAGAGCUGAAGGCAAUUUCUUUAAUGUAAUUUGUAUGAGGAUGCUGAUUCCUUUCUCCCAUCCACACUCUGAGUUACACAAGAAUUCUCGUUUGCUUGUUUAGAAAAGUAAAAUACUUAUUACAAUCAAUAUUUUUGUAAUGGGCUACUUAUCAAGAGUUUAUAGCUAACAGUUCUAACUUCUUACUGUACUGGCCUAGAUGUGGGCCUUCAUGUGUUAUAAAUGCAAAAUGUUGAAAGAAGAGAUUUGCAUGCAUGAUUAACCUUAGAAGUAUCUAAUAAUGGUGACGUUUCAAGAAAAUCUUUGUUGGAUACAGCGCUGAUUUGGGGUAAAGGCGCGCAGAAAUUAAUACUAAUAUAUUUUUCAUUUUUAAAUAAAUAAAUUUUUAUAAGUGACAUUUAUUUAGAUGUAUCUUCUGAAACUAAAGUUUUGAUGUGACAUUCUUAGGUUGAUGUUGGAAAAUCUUGGAUCUUUUCAAAAUCCUUAAAACUGUUGAGGAUGCUGUUAUAUAGCUGCCCUUUUUACUUGCUCAAUGCUCAUUAGACUUUAAAUCUGUUUAGUUGGCCUUCGUUGGUAUUUAUCUGUUUCUGCUAUCUUCUAACUUUAAACAUUCUGGUUACUUACUACUUGCACUGUAUUUGUACAAAAAUAUGUUUUAUUUUAUUAUUUAUCAAUACCAGCUUACUUUCACACAAGUAAUUACAAGUUUGGUUGAAGUUGUGUUGAGAUUUGAGAAUAACAAAGAAAGUUAAAAGAUGUUGCCCUUGUUUUGGAAUUAAAGUAUGUAGGGGAACCUGCAGCACUGCUCUCAUUCCUUUGUUAUUUGUCCAAUAUUUUAUGAUUCCUGCAUGCGUAUCGUGACUCUCGCAGUCUGAAAAGUAAUGAAGUUGCUUUUCUAUGUUUUGAGGUGCCUUUCCCUUCUUUGUGCAGGUUGUGGUUUUAUUUGGUAGAUUCUAUUUCCAGCUCAUAACUUGUUCGUGGCUGUAAGCUGACGAAAGUUAUGGGGCAUAGACAUCAGUUCAGCACAUCUCAUGUUUUUGAAAGUGAAAAUGAUCAGAAUUGGAAUCAUAUGAAUACGGAAGAACCUUUUGGGCAUUUAGGCCAGGCUGGCUCUGGGGAGAACGGUUCUUUCUUUUAUCCUGUAGAAAAUAUGUUUAUAGAUGGAGCGCCUUUUGCUUCAAAUUGGAACCCGGCUCCAAGGUCAUAUGGGUACUCUUCCAUGAACCACAAUAUUGAUGUACCACAUUAUCAACCUGAUGCUACUGGUCCAUCUCAUGACCCUUUUCAGCAUCCAAUAAGUGCUGGUACCUUUGGCAUGUCCAGUGGGAAUUAUGCUCACCAUGCACCUUCUUCUAGUUAUGACCGACGUACAUUCCAUGGUGUUGAGGGUAGUUUUGUUGAUCUUACAGUGAGCAACGGAAGAGGUCCUCACAAGAGAAAAAGCCCAGGGAUCCCUUCAGUAUCUGAGAGAGGCAGCACCAGCAGAUACUAUAGUGCUGGAAGUAGUUCCUCUGAGCUCCCUAGAUCUUCAGAGUUGCAGCAGGAGAAAGUAAACAUGGAUACCUCACACGUGCCUUGGGAUCACAUUUCUAUGGGCCCCAGCUAUAGAGGGAGUGGACUCUCAAUUAGGGGUGAAGGAUCCAUGAGAAAUGUGAGAAGCCGGUCUGAACAUGAUUUGGAGUCCAACCUAGCGAGGACACAUUUAUCGACCAAUCCUUUGCACACUUCUUAUUCUACAAAUCUCCCUAUUGACCAUUCUAGUACAAUGGAUCUCUCUGGUCAGGGUUCCACUGGUUUGACGAAUGAGUGGAACCAUAUUAGUGUGGCUCCUCAUGGAAGGAUUAUAGCUCCAGAUUCAAGUGGUUUCGGUCAUGAUCCGAACCACUUCCUUGUGGGAAGUAGUGGUAAUGCUUCUACGGAUACUGGGUUAUACCAUCAUGAUUUCAUGUUGAGCAGAAGUAAUGCGGUCCCUCAAAGUUAUCCUGGUGCCUUAGCCCCAACUGUAAGGGGUGUUCGCAGUACCUACUCUCAAAGAUCUACCCCAGCCUUCAGGGCUUCUUCAAGCAACUUGCGAUUGGGACAUGUAGCACAUUCAGAUGAAGGGUUGCAGCUGAUGCCAGAAAAUUACCCAAGACAUCCUAGGCCAGUGGCCUCUGUUGGGUGGCGUCAUAAUGACAGGAGUGGUAGAUUGAGGAUGUCUAAUGAUAGAUACCGAGUCCCUGAAGCGUCUGCUCUCCAGGAGCGGUUUACUUCUGAGGGUUUUAUGACUGUGGAUCGCCCAGCCUUUUAUGGGUCCAGAAAUAUGCUUGAUCAUCAUAGAGAUAUGAGGCUGGACAUAGACAACAUGAGUUAUGAGGAACUCCUCGCACUUGGCGAAACAAUUGGGAAUGUGAGCACAGGCUUGUCUGAAGAUCUGAUACCGAAGUGUUUGACAGAAACAAUAUAUUGUUCAUCAGAUCAAAUCCAGGAGGAAGUCUCAUGUGCAAUUUGCCUGGAAGAGUACAAUGACAGGGAUGAUGUUGGUGCGCUGAAAAGUUGCGGUCACGAUUACCAUGUGAGCUGCAUCAAGAAGUGGUUGUCAAUGAAAAACUCUUGUCCAAUCUGCAAAGGUUGUGUUCUUCCUGAUAAUAUGAAGGAGAAAUAAUUUAAUCGCAUUGCUAGCGGCUUCAUUAUAUUUCCAUUCUUGUAUAUAUAUUUAGAGAUAAUCCCGAAAACGGGGGAAGCAAACUUGUUGCGCAUAAUUUAAAGAGAAUGUUAGCCAAUUUAAAUUUAUUUGUUUCAGGCUUCAAUUUAAAUGUUGUGAAGCCUUUUUGCAACUCUUGUUCUGUAUGGGGCUUUAGUGGAUGGAUUUAUUUUUUUA